CAGAGAAAGUUAGAGAUAUGGAAGGGAAGAAACAAGUGGGUUCGUCCUCCCCGUUCCCUUCUGACCUUUUCGGAACCAAGGAAUCGUCGUCAUCCAAGGGAAUUUUCGGGUCUGUUUUUCCACCUGCAUCAAAGCUCCAGGUUUGUAGAGAGGGACUCUUCGCACUCCGAGCUGAUGGGAACGUUGAAAAAACAAGAUUCUGGGGAUUAUCGCUGGAACACCAAACAGGGAGCUCCAGAUAACAAGUAUCAAAGCAGAGAAGGUAAUAACAGUAACACAACCAACAAGGAUAACGGUUCCAUUUAUCAAGAUGAGUCAGUGGGGCAUUGCCUUCUCAGCUCAUCCCUUUACUAUGGUGGACAAGACAUCUAUUCGAAUUCCUCCAGUACCCGGCCAUCAUCUGGAUCUAACCCUGUUUACAAGGAAGAUGGGCGAGAUGAUUCAAGUGAAGACAAUUUACACAGUGCUUCAAGAGGCAAUUGGUGGCAAGGUUCACUCUAUUACUAAAACCUUGUCUCAAAGCAUGUUAAUAAAUUCAACUAUGUAUUAAGGAGUUAGAUAACGUCCCGGCAGUGACUUGUAUCUACCAUGUGUAAUACGGAAGAAGAUAAAUGGUUUUCUAUAGUUACGUGUUACUUUGGAUGGGAACAGCGGUGGCUCUUAUGUGGCUUCUUCUGAUUUACCCAAACAGAUGCAACAUAACGUUUAAUGUGAUUUGGUCUUUGUUUCUUUGUAGGUUUAACUGUAAUAAUAAGAUACUCUAGAGGGACGUUGUUGUAAAUUUUAAUUACUGCUUUAUGGGUUGUGUACCUUGGACU